CCUGCGCGACGAUAAUCCAAGGCAGGGAUAUAAAAUGUCAUCCCCAACCGCCGUUUGUUCCACUUGAAUUGAUACCGACUUCUCCAACGACAAAUCCCACAGUAGAAGAGAGCAAGCUCAAAGUUUGAAAGAAGAGUGGAACAACUACCAGAACGACUUAUACCCCGAGACCGUGUAUUCUGAUGGGUGUCUCCCCCCUCUUCACUAUGAUGACGUGUUCACUGACUACGACAUGACACACCCACACCCAGAUCAGAUGGAUGCUGCCAUUGAGAAUCCUCAAGUCUUUGACGACAACCACCACCUGCCCGUGUAUCCAGAGGAUGAGACAAUACCUGAUACCCAACAGGAGGAGAGAAUGAUACCCGGUGAAUUGAAUAUCACACAUGGACAGAUGAUACCUGGUGAAUUUAAUAUCUCACAUGGACAGAUGAUACCUGGUGAAUUCAACAUCUCACAUGGACAGAUGAUACCUGGUGAAUUUAAUAUCUCAAAUGGACAGAUGGUACCCGGUGAAUUGAAUAUCUCACAUGGACAGAUGAUACCUGGUGAAUUUAAUAUCUCACAUGGACAGAUGAUACCUGGUGAAUUUAAUAUCUCAUACGGACAGAUGAUACCUGGUGAAUUUAAUAUCUCACAUGGACAGAUGAUACCUGGUGAAUUUAAUAUCUCACAUGGACAGAUGAUACCCGGUGAAUUUAAUAUCUCACAUGGACAGAUGAUACCCGGUGAAUUUAAUAUCUCACAUGGACAGAUGAUACCCGGCGAAUCUGAUAUCCCCGAGGAGAAGAUAAUGAUACCCUGUGAAUACAAUGCCCCACGGCCAUUGGUGCUGUAUGAUUUUUAUGUUAUAAUGUUUGACUAUCUCCCCAAAGAUGCUGGCUACUUCAUGCUGGCCGGGGCAGUCAUUUUCCAGUUGCUGUUUUUGCUGUACCGAGUUGUGACCUUGACACUGGUGUUGCUGAACAAGCUGUCCACCGAUGACAAGCUGUAUUCAGCCUGCGGCCUACGUUGGCUGUAUGUGGCUCUGGACACCCUGGCCUUCUCCCUCACUACAGCCGCCGUUUCCAUGGUGACAGCCGGAAUAGUAAAAACAAGAACUUUGCAUUACUUUUUUCACCAAGAGAGUUCUGGGUACUCUCCGAAGGUUGCUUUGCUGGGCGGAUGGAUGAGCUGUGUGUUCUGGAUGUUCGCUGUUGUCGUAGGCGUGGCCCACCUGUACAGAGAGAGGACCCAGACAAGGUGCUCUGGAACUCCUAAGGACACCCCUCUCAUCCCGGAGAAAACUCCUCCCGACACCACUGAAGGCACGCCCUCUACCUGGUCCACCGACGUGGCUUGUGUUUAGAUAACGAGUGUGCUUUUUAAGAGGUCGACGACGACGAGAGGGGCCCAGAGGUUCAACGGAACUGUUCUUUAUUUUCCUGCGUAAGCUGUUUGUUAAAAAAAUGUGUUAAUGCGCCACCAUAUUUAUCAAAUCUGUUAAAACAGUACUUUCCAAGGUCAUCGGUUGACGAAUAGAAAUUUCAUUUACCAUCUAUGAUACUUUAAACAAUGGGUGAAAGGAUAUUUGAAUAUCAAGGCCUCACGAUCUGGAAUGAUUUGCCAGGUAGUUUAAGAGAGAUCAAAUCUUUUAAUCAUUCAACUGUCAGCUGAAGUCAUUUCUCUGUUUUUAAAUUGAUGAAACAACCCCAUGUUUAAGUUUAAUGAGAGAUUUGAUUUUUAACAGAACAGAAUGCACUGUUGUAUUGUAACGCGCUCAGAGCCUGUGUGCGUUAAUCGGGAAUAAAUGUCAUUUAUUAUUAUUAUUAUUAUUAUUAUUAUUAUUAUUAUUAUUAUUAAUCAUUGCAACUUUUGCACGUCUUCUUUGACACAAGAAAAUCCAUUAUUCGGUGAUCGGUUACUCCAACAUCUCAGCAGAAAGACGAGAAGAGAUACUUGAAAACAUACGACAUAAUAUGUAGUUUUUUUCGGGCGUGAAUUUAACCCGGGGGUGGGGAGCUCAAUCAUUACACCAAAGACGCUGAUUUUGUAUGACCCUAAUGACUUAUGAUUACGGUGCCAUUAUCUGUCAUUCCUUUAAUGAAAGUGUCUGAAUAUGUCAGUCAUUUUUUCCCCUUGGUUUUUCGUUCACCCACUAUAGUGCCACAAUACUUUAUAUGACGUUCUCGGAGUUAAAGAGUUUUAUUAUCAUACAUAAAAAAAAUAUCUUUUGUUGUAUGUUUAUAAAAAAAAUUAUUUGAGCGGGGAUAUGCGCUAUACAAAUGCUUUCUAUCUAUUAUUAUUAUUAUUUUUCACUUUUAGUACAGGUAUGCAAAACUGUGCGUGAAAGAUAAUUAUCUUACCUAAUUCAUUUGAAAAACAGUACUUUCCUUUUUGAAAGUGUCUGGAUGUUAUGUCAGUCAUUUCCCCCCUCUGUUUCUCUUUUAUCCAUCGGUGCCAUUAUGUGUUGAGACUAAGAGUUUCAUACUAUUGUCAUUUUAAAAAAAUUUAAUAUCCUUAGAGGUGUAUAUGAAAACAGAUUUAUUUGUUCAACUUUUAGAAUGCAAAACUGCUUGUAAAAGAUACUCAUUAUCGAAUUCAUUUGAAAAAAAAAAUCGAUGUAAUUAUUACAUUAUUCAGAACACAGCAUUGUUUCUAAAGCAAGUAUUUUAAGUAGAUCUACCACGAUUUCAUAGAAAUUUUUCAUUUUGACGUUGUCGGAGACUUGUGUUACCGUCAAGUGAAUGCUGUAAAAUCGAGAGAAGUGAUUUAAGUUUAGGUCUUUUUCACCGAUGAAUUGGUCUGUCUUUUUCGCUUGGAAUUUUACAGCAUUAUAAUGUGAGUUGAAUAGAUCAAAAAAUAAACACUGUCAAGCACAU